AAUUUGGAGGAGUGCCUGUGACAAGGGGCCUCCAGCUUUGCUUUUACUGAAAUGUUGUGCAAACAGUCUGCAGAUAAGCGAGGGAGCAAAGCUGUCACUCGCUAGGCGGAACACGCGCCUCCCAUCGUCCGCCGAACAACAAGCGUUCCAGAUUCCGAUCGUCAAACCAAUCACGCACGCAGCCCACACCGCGCUCCCUGCUGCCCACAGCUACGCCAUGGCAUUGGCGACGCCGCUCCGCCACCUCCUCGCCGCGCAGCCCGAGCCCGCCGCCGGAGCGGCGCCGUCCUUGGCCCUGACGCAGCCAGGACGCGCCUUCCCACCCCACCGUGGCGUCCGCUUCCGCGCCAGGCACGCGGCGGCGCCCUUAUCGUCGCCACCUGCCAGGGCCGCCGGGGUCGCGGCGAGGGCGGCGGGCGGGGGGCGGCCGACGGUGCUGGUGACGGAGAAGCUGGGGGCGGCGGGGCUGGAGCUGCUGCGGGCGUUCGCCAACGUGGACUGCGCGUACGAGCUGACGGCGGAGGAGCUGCGCGCCAAGGUGUCGCUGGUGGACGCGCUGGUGGUGCGCAGCGCCACGCGGGUGACCCGGGAGGUCUUCGAGGCGGCGCGCGGGCGGCUGCGCGUCGUGGGCCGCGCCGGCGUCGGCAUCGACAACGUCGACCUCCAGGCCGCCACGGAGGCCGGCUGCCUCGUCGUCAACGCGCCCACCGCCAACACCGUCGCCGCCGCCGAGCACGCCGUCGCGCUGCUCGCCGCCAUGGCCCGCAAUGUCGCCCAGGCCGACGCCUCCCUCAAGACCGGCAAAUGGCAGCGUAGCAAAUAUGUCGGCGUUUCCUUGGUUGGAAAGACAAUAGCUAUUAUGGGCUUCGGGAAGGUUGGUUCAGAGGUUGCUCGACGCGCGAAAGGACUUGGAAUGGAUGUCAUUGCUCAUGACCCAUAUGCCCCCGUCGAUAGAGCCCGAGCUAUCGGUGUAGAUCUCGUAUCGUUCGAUGACGCCAUCUCCACUGCAGACUUCAUAUCACUGCAUAUGCCUCUAACACCAUCAACAACAAAAAUUUUCAACGACGAGACUUUUGCAAAAAUGACGAAAGGAGUAAGGCUUAUCAAUGUUGCGAGGGGUGGAGUGGUUGAUGAAGAAGCAUUGCUGAGAGCACUUGAUAAUGGGACUGUUGCACAGGCAGCACUCGACGUGUUCUUUGAAGAGCCACCGCCGAAAGACAGCAAGUUAGUACACCAUGAAAAUGUCACAGUGACACCGCACCUUGGAGCUAGCACAACAGAAGCACAGGAAGGCGUUGCCCUUGAAAUCGCAGAGGCUGUUAUCGGUGCACUGAAAGGUGAACUGGCUGCCACUGCUGUCAAUGCCCCAAUGGUCUCUGCUGAGAUUUUAGCCGAGUUAUCCCCAUAUGUCAUCCUUGCUGAGAAGCUGGGACGUCUUGCCGUGCAACUCGUGGCUGGUGGCAGUGGGAUCAAGGCAGUCAAGGUCGUCUACUCAUCGGCUAGAGACCCGGAUGACUUGGACACAGGAAUUCUCCGCGCCAUGGUCACGAAAGGCAUCGUCGAACCCAUUUCAAGUGCAUUUGUCAACAUUGUCAAUGCUGACUACGUCGCCAAGCAACGAGGGCUCCGCAUAAUCGAGGAGCAGAUUCUCCUCGACGGCUCCCCUGAGGUCCCUAUAAACUCCAUCCAGGUCCAGCUUGCCAAUGUGGAGUCCAAGUUCGCCGGCGCGCUGUCCGACGACGGUGACAUCAGGGUGGAGGGGAAGGUUAAGGAUGGCACGCCGCAUCUCACGCUCGUCGGCCCUUUCAGCGUCGACGUCAGCCUUGAGGGCAACUUGUUGCUGUGCCGGCAGGUCGACCAGCCGGGCAUCAUCGGCAAGGUGGGAUCGAUUCUCGGGACGAUGAACCUGAAUGUCAACUUUAUGAGCGUUGGCAGGAUUGCUCCAGGGAAGCAGGCCAUCAUGGCCAUUGGGAUUGAUGAGGAGCCUGAUAAGGAAGCUCUCAAGUUGAUCGGGGAGACGCCCUCGGUACAGGAGUUUGUCUUUCUAAAGCUUUAGAGAAUGUAUAGGUUGAUUGAUUUCUAUAUAACAUCUCCUGCUUUACUAGUAUGGGUGGUUUUUGCAAGCUUAUUUAGUUUCUGUGUAGAAUUAUAAUUUUCAGCCCACCUGGAGAAGCUGCUGGUAGAUACAUCUUACGAACAAAUGCGCGGAAUGUGAGGCCUGUUCUUGGGCCUGGUGUCCUACUUUUUGAAUCGAUGAUCUACUGUUGCUGCUA